UGGAACUUUUGAAAAAUAAAAGUAAAUAUUGGUAUCCUAUCUAUUCUGAGUAAGCAGAAGCACCUCUCCGAGGCUCAUAGAUACUGCGAAGACCCUGUUUAGAUUUAAAUAGUCCGACUCCAUGAGGCCUUCGGGUUAAGCAGCAAAUGGCUUGAAGCCCGUUAUGAAAAAAAAAAGCGUGAACUGAAGGCGUUCUAUUUGUCCCCGUCGCGACAUCGUCGCCCACCCCACCACCUUAGUGUGGACGCCGAGAGAGGCGACGGCCAUGGCUGCCCGUUUCCUGACCCGAUCCAAAACCCUAAGCAUAGCCCGCCUCUUCCACCCCUCCUUCUUCCUGAUUGACACUGCCAUUCCCUCCUCCUCCUCCCUAUGCCUCCGAGUUCUACACUCGCCUCCCCGCCACUCCUCCACCCGCUGCACGAUUCCAGAUCCGCUGUACCCGUGCUGGAUUCGGCCGGCUCUCUACCGCACAACGCCCUCGUUGGCUCCAGAAAGAUUUGGGUGUAUGAACAAAUCCCCAAGAGCCACCCGAUCAAAUUGGUUCAUGCUGGUACACAAGGAUUGCCUCGUUGGUUUUCUGGGAUGGCACAUGGUGGAACUGUGACACAUCUGUCCAACAAGAUCAUUUCUCAGCUUUGUAAUUCAGCUGAAAAGAAUCUUUUGCAGACCACAUGUAAUGGAAAGGAAGGAGAUUGCUCGAAGAUUAUUGCUUUUAGCCCAUUGGAAUUUGGAGGGGAGUCAUUUAAAAGAACGAAAAAGUGGAUUGGGGAAUGAAAGCUCGAAGAUUAAGAGAAUGGAGCUUUCCCAAAAAAUAACCUACACUCUCAUACCAGCGCUGCUUCUCGUGUCAAAAUCUACAGUGACUACUUCCUUACUGAUUUUCUCAAUAUACUGGCAGUUAUAUGGGUUUUUCAAGGACAUUUUUCUGGAUUAUGUUCACCAAGAGGUAACCCGAAAGUGGGUUUUGAUAUAUUUCCAGUUGUUCCUGAUCUUGGCCAAGGACACUAUCCUUGGUUUUGAUCUGGUAUAAUAUCAUCAUUUUCUUGAGUGUCAAGACAAGCCUGGCAUCAUCACCUGUAUACUAAAGGAUAACCUGGCGGUGAUGUCCUACCUGUGACUUUUCUUCAUUCAAAUUUUGUGACUCCUUUAUCUUUUCCUUUUCUUUAAUGCUUUUUGAUGGCAUGGUGGUGUUUAGGGAUGAAUAUGUGCAUGCUGAAUCUGAACAAGCUGGAAGGAUGAAUUCUGGAGGGACGUGAAACUAGGUUGUGUAUUUUGUAUUAAAAUAAAUGAAAGAUGAUGUCCUUUCUAAUAAAAUCCAAAAGGUUUUCUCUCA